GAAACAAGAACUCUCUCAAGCAUCAUCAUCAACAAACAUGGCGAAUCUAGUUACGUCAUCAGAUCAUCAUCAGUUGGAGCUAGCUGGAAAUCUCUCAAGCAUCUUCGAUACUUCAUCUUUACCUUUUCCUUAUUCUUAUUUCGAAGAUCACUCUUCUAAUAAUCCCAAUUCUUUCCUUGACUUGCUCCGACAAGAUCAUCAUCAAUUUGCUUCUUCCUCUAAUUCCUCUUCUUUUUCAUUCGAUGCCUUUCCUCUUCCUAACAACAACAACAACAACUUUUUUACGGAUUUGCCCUUGCCUCAAGCUGAGUCAUCAGAAGUUGUGAACACAACACCGACUUCUCCAAACUCAACCUCAGUCUCAUCUUCCUCUAACGAAGCUGCAAAUGAUAACAACAGUGGAAAAGAAGUUACUGUUAAAGAUCAAGAAGAAGGAGAUCAACAACAAGAGCAAAAGGGUACUAAGCCACAAUUGAAGGCAAAGAAGAAGAAUCAAAAGAAAGCUAGAGAAGCUAGGUUUGCGUUUCUGACGAAGAGUGAUAUUGAUAAUCUUGACGACGGUUAUAGGUGGAGAAAAUACGGCCAAAAAGCUGUCAAAAACAGUCCUUAUCCCAGAAGCUACUAUCGUUGCACCACAGUGGCUUGCGGAGUGAAGAAGAGAGUGGAGAGAUCCUCCGAUGAUCCUUCAAUCGUCAUGACAACCUACGAAGGUCAACAUACUCACCCUUUCCCCAUGACGCCACGUGGACACAUCGGAAUGCUGACAUCACCAAUCCUAGACCACGGUGCAACCACCGCGUCAUCAUCAUCAUUCUCCAUCCCUCAGCCACGUUACUUGCUGACUCAACAUCAUCAACCCUACAACAUGUACAACAACAACUCUCUAAGUAUGAUCAAUAGAAGCUCAUCCGAUGGUACUUUCGUAAAUCCAGAGCCAUCAUCAUCAUUCCCCGGAUUUGGUUAUGAUAUGUCUCAAGCUUCUGCUUCAACUUCUUCUUCCAUUAGAGAUCAUGGAUUGCUUCAAGAUAUUCUUCCUUCGCAGAUCAGAUCCGAUACUAUUAACACUCAAACCAAUGAAGAGAAUAAGAAAUGAGCUACUUUUUUUUUUCCCGGGGCAAUUGUUUUUUUCUUUUGGCCGGAUCCGGAUGAUAGGUCUCAUGAGGAGUUUUUGGCCGGUUUAGUUAAACCGAUGUUGCUGGCUUUCUAAUGUUUUUUUUUUCUUCAUUACAUUUAGCAUCGGUUUUGUUUAAUAACCACGAAAUAAACAAUCGAUGCUAAGUAGGAACAGAGGUUUGUAGCAUAUGUGAUAUAGGUAUAACUUCAUUUUUUGUUUGAGUAUUAAUAAAAAUGUAUCGUUUAC